CGGCAACUCUCUCGUUUUCACCGACGAGAUCUUCGUGAAAAAGCAUCUUGACCCCACCGCCUUUAUGGUUGUUCUAGGAGAGUAAAUCGCGACCGCCCAAAUGAUCCGCGCCAAUCUUGGAGAAAUAUCUCGAGUCCUCCGAUAUCCGAAAGGCCCUCAAAUGACGCAGAAAUUGCGAAAGACCCCAAAAAGCGACCAAGCGAAGCAAGGCCGAAUCAAAAAUAUCGGGGUAACCGGUCCACGUGUACACCCGUGGCACCCCGAUUUGCACUUUUGGACCCUCCCCUCUCAUUAUUUUAAUUAAUAAAUAAAUAUCCCAAAAAGUUCCCCUCCAAAUAUCUAACGCAUCUUCGCGGCCACCGCCUCCACCACCGCCUCUCCGGACCCCGACCGAAAUGAAACCCAAACCCUAUUCCUCCGCUCGAAUGGCGCCCUGAUACCCUAGAUCCUUCGCUUUAGAGGUGUUGCAAUGAGCGAAGAAGCCGAAGACGGGGACUUCGACAUGGCCGCCACCAACGGAGGCGCGGAGGAGGCGGAGGAGGAGGGGAGGGUGCUCGAGUGGGAGACGGGGCUCCCGAGCGGCGACGAGCUGGUCCCGCUCUCGCAGCUGCUGGUCCCGCCGGAGCUCGCCGUCGCCUUCCGGAUCCCGCUGGAGCCUGCGCAAACCCUACUCGACGUCGACCGCUUCUCCCGUCAGACCCUCGACAACAUCCGCCGCAUCUCCUCCUCCUCCCCCUCCUCGCUCCGAUCCUUCCACCCCUUACCUUCUCUUCCGGCCAUCAUCGCCGGCGAUGACGACGAAGGCCCCGCCGCCGCCGAAUCGUCGCGCAAGACGCGGCGGAUCGAAGGUUCCACCUCCUCCGCCGCCGCCGCCAACGCCGCGGCCGCGGCCGCGGCGGAGGAGGCCGAUUUCUCGGCCGCGCUUCGGCCGGAGAACUCCUCGGGGGCGCAGAAGCGUCCCCGCCUCGUGUGGACCCCGCAGCUGCACAAGCGGUUCGUGGACGUGGUGGCCCACGUGGGGAUCAAGAACGCCGUGCCGAAGACCAUCAUGCAGCUCAUGAACGUCGAGGGCCUGACGCGCGAGAACGUCGCUAGCCACCUGCAGAAGUACCGCCUCUACCUGAAGCGAAUGCAGGGCUUGUCGGACGAGGGCCCGUCCCCGUCCGACCCCCUCUUCGCCUCCGCCCCCGUCCCCCCGAACCUGCGCGAGCAGCCCGUGCCCGUGCCCGUGCCGAUGCAUGUGCCCUAUGCCGUGGUGCCCGUGCCGGCCUUUGGCAUGACCCAUCCCUAUGGGCACGGCGGCCCGAUGGGGAUGGGGAUGGGGAUGGGGAUGGGGAUGGUGCCCAUAGGUAACCAUCAGGGAGCUGCGGCGACUAAUGGGUUUGGUCCGAUUGUUACGUAUCCUCAUGUUAACCCUAGUGAUAAAUAAAACAAAAAGGGAAAAUUUCCGCUUUGCCGACGGUGUUUGUAAUACAUGUCGAAUAAUUACCAUGGUACUCUUGUAUGUUGUGACUAAUUUUUGUCGGCUGUUCAUUUAUCUCCUAACCUGAUAUAGUUUUGCUUUUAAGGGCAAAUGGUUUGCUACUCUGCUUUAGCUGCUUAGCCAUGUUGAUUUUGAACUCAUUUGAUACAUCUUAUUCCAUUGCGGUA